AUGGAACACAGACCCGUUGACCACAAGUGGAAGGGCCAUUGCCUCAAAGGACAAAGAGGGCGAACCUCGAAAAGGGGAAGGGGGAAGGAGGAGAACUUAGCUGGGGUACAAGAUACAGGGAUACAUGAUUCGAAUAUACAAAGCGAGGUCGAGAAGGUCGAGAAGGUCGAGAAGGUCCAAAGCUUGGAGAAGGGAAGGAAGAAAGAGAAAGGAGGAAAAGAUGAGGGUAUUUAUAGUCGCGCGAGAAAAGUGAAGGAAACCUGGAGCUCGCUUGUGAGGAUAUCGCAAUCAGGAAAAGUAUCCCACGCUCACCCAAUCCAUAAGAUCAGUCCAUCCAGCAUGCUUCAAUGCGCUGCACGUUCCUCGGCCUUGAUCUAA